AUGGCAGAACAAAACCCCAUGGUCACCCUCCAGGCGGAGCUCUCGCGCUUCCGCAGAGCGACACUCAACUCAGCCGUCAAAGACACCGACAAGCUUCUCGACCUUCUCAUCCAGGCGAGGGAGCAAGUUGCCAAUGGCUUGACGAUGGCCAAGCUACAGAACCCCGUCACCGCGGGGUUUGACGCCAUAAACAACGACUUGAAAGAGGUCUCAAAAGCCCAAAAGACGUUUGGCAAGGCCCUUGAUAAGUCCUUCCCCCUUCGACCACUCUCAACAGACUACGAUGCCAUGGCCGCGUAUCCCUCUUUAAUCAACCGCGCUGUAGCGAUGCACAUGCUCCGCGAGGGCCAAUUCAGCGUGGCCUCGACUUUCCUCCGCGAAGCUCACGAGCGACCUCCGCCACUUUCCGCCAAUAACCCAGCCCUCGAUGCGGAUAUACACUCUCUUCAGUCUCAGGAGCUGCAGGACAAGUUUGCGAGCAUGUACAAGAUCCUCAACGAGCUCAAGAAUAGGAACCUCGUUCCAGCUAUAGACUGGGCGCGUCUCAACAGCGACGAGCUCGAAGCCCGCGGUUCCAACCUCGAGUUCGAGCUCAGCAAACUCCAGUUCGUCUGGCUCUUCAAGGGUCCCGAAGUCAAUGGCCUUCCGGACGACGAGCGCAACGGAAGGAUAGGUGCCCUCGCCUACGCACAAAGACACUUUGGCCGCUUCCAGACCCGCCAUAUCAAGGAGAUCCAGCAGCUGUCUUGCGCCAUGGUCUACGCAUCCAACAUCGGCCAGUCGCCAUAUGCCAACAUCUUCGAGACAUCUGCAGCUUUUGACGACGUCGCCCUAUCCUUCACGCGCGAGUUCUGUUCUCUUCUCGGCCUCUCGGCCGAAUCACCACUCUACGUCGCCGCUACCGCCGGCGCCAUCGCGCUGCCCCAGCUCAUUAAGUACACAACAUACGUAAAAGCCAAGCGUACUGAAUGGACGACGGAAAGCGAACUCGCAUUCGAAACGCCGCUACCUCGCAGCAUGAUCUACCACCCCAUUUUCGUCUGCCCCGUGAGCAAAGAGCAAACAACAGAGCAGAACCCGCCAAUGAUGCUGCCUUGCGGUCACGUCAUCUGCAAAGAGUCACUUCAGCGCCUGACUAAGGGCUCCCGCUUCAAGUGUCCAUACUGCCCCAACGAGGGCCACAUCAAAGAUGCUCGUGAGAUUAAGUUGUAG